AUGGCGGCCCCCAAAGUUCGCGUGAACACGUUCUUUAAACAAAAUCAGAAACCAGUUAGAGAUACUCUCUCCAAGGUGUACAUUGUAACUGCGAGCAUACUGGGCCUCAACAGGUUGCCCGUCAUACUCAAUGAAGGAAGAUUCAUCAUUACGACUUUAGCAUUUAUGCAAACUAUACUUUUGGCUGCUGGUUUGUACUACUACGGCCAUCUCCUGAGCCUCCUAGUGCCUCGGCUGCGUCUCAUCAAUUAUUUCGUGGAGUCAGCGCUGUCUAACGGAAAGUCUGCUAAGUGCCCGAAUAUCGAUGAGCUUACAUCUGGUAAAAUUGAUAAAAUGAAAAAUACCGACAUGAUGAAAUUAAUGGACCUUUACCACCUUAUGAUAAAAGCUUAUGAUUUUUUACUUGACGCUAUAAAAUGGCAGUUACUGGUUAUUAUAAUAACAACAUUUAUUUCAACCCUGAUCUGUUGUUACCAAGUUUCAUUCUUACUUAUGCGUAAAGAGAAUCCAGCUGGGUUGGCAGUAAAAUAUAUAACCUUCAUGGCGAUGGAGAUGAUUCCUCUGUUCUCGCCCUGCAUGUUCGGAGACCGAGUCCACGGGGAGGUCAGGCGCUUGAGGGAGCUCCUGGCUUCUAGGCUCUAUGAGAAUAAGCUCGACAAAAAAGGCCGCAGCGCUGCGCGCGCGCUCCUCGCGCUGACCGAAGCGCGGGACCUGUCGUUUUCCCUGCUGCAUAUGGUUCAAAUUGACAUAUCUUUGCCCUUCAAAUUUAUCGGUUUGCUCGUUACUUAUCUCAUUAUUCUACUGCAAUUUGAAAAAGUGAUAAAUCCCUCUACGGCUACUCAGGGCGCUGUAGUAACUUCGACCUUGAGUCCUUGA